GUGAGUGAGUGAAUGUGUGUGUAUGUGUGUGUGUGUCCGGAUGAGUGUGUGAGUGCACGCGUGAGUGUGUUUGCGUGCAUGUGUGUAUGAUCCCUCUCGGUUAUUAUUUCUGUGGAAGAAAAAUCUUGAAAAUCUGGGGCAGGUUACUGUGCUCCUAGGGUUGUAGUUCUUCUUUUGCAAGAAGAGCUGACCAGACCAAGCUACUAGAGACAUUUUUUUCGGCGAGUAAAGAGAAUUUUCCUCCCGGAUCGAGAGGGAUUUUUUUCCCCCCCGGCUCUGCAGCCGAGUAAAAGAGAUUAGUCCCUAAACCUGUGAAAUCGACUAGAGCCGUGUGAUUACCAGGGCUUGAGAGAGGACUUGGGAAGAAAAAGAGAAAUAAAUCAAACAGCUUGUCAGUGCCUUUGGCCACGUUGGAAGAUGUCAUCUCAAACUAAGUUCAAGAAAGACAAAGAGAUCAUUGCCGAAUAUGAAGCCCAAAUAAAAGAGAUCCGCACGCAGCUGGUGGAGCAGUUCAAAUGCCUGGAGCAGCAGUCUGAGUCCCGGCUGCAGCUGCUCCAGGACCUCCAGGAGUUCUUCCGCCGGAAAGCUGAGAUUGAGCUGGAGUACUCCCGCAGCCUGGAGAAGCUGGCCGAGCGGUUCUCCUCCAAGAUCCGCAGUUCCCGAGAGCACCAGUUCAAGAAGGACCAGUACCUCCUCUCGCCCGUGAACUGUUGGUAUCUGGUCCUGCAUCAGACCAGGCGGGAGAGUCGAGAUCAUGCCACCCUCAAUGACAUCUUCAUGAACAAUGUCAUCGUCCGCCUCUCACAGAUCAGUGAGGAUGUCAUCAGACUCUUCAAAAAGAGCAAGGAGAUUGGCCUGCAGAUGCAUGAGGAGCUCCAGGUCACCAAUGAGCUCUACACAGUCAUGAAAACCUACCACAUGUACCACGCGGAGAGCAUCAGCGCAGAAAGCAAGCUGAAGGAGGCCGAGAAGCAGGAGGAGAAGCAGUUCAACAAGUCGGGAGACCUCAGCAUGAACCUGCUGCGGCACGAGGACCGGCCCCAGCGCCGCAGCUCUGUGAAGAAGAUUGAGAAGAUGAAGGAGAAGAGGCAGGCCAAGUAUUCUGAGAACAAGCUGAAAUGCACAAAGGCCCGGAAUGACUACUUGCUGAAUCUGGCGGCCACCAAUGCAGCUAUCAGCAAAUACUACAUCCACGACGUCUCCGACCUAAUCGAUUGCUGUGAUCUGGGCUUUCAUGCCAGCCUGGCCCGCACCUUCCGGACCUACCUCUCGGCUGAGUACAACCUGGAGACCUCUCGCCACGAGGGGUUGGACGUCAUCGAGAACGCGGUGGACAACCUGGAUUCCCGAAGUGACAAGCACACAGUCAUGGACAUGUGCAACCAGGUCUUCUGUCCCCCACUCAAGUUUGAGUUCCAGCCCCACAUGGGGGAUGAGGUCUGCCAGGUCAGUGCUCAGCAGCCCGUCCAGACGGAAUUGCUCAUGCGGUACCACCAGCUGCAGUCCAGACUGGCCACUCUCAAGAUAGAGAAUGAGGAGGUUAGGAAAACCCUGGAUGCCACCAUGCAGACCUUGCAGGACAUGCUGACCGUGGAGGACUUCGAUGUCUCUGAUGCCUUCCAGCACAGUCGAUCUACAGAGUCUGUGAAGUCGGCCGCCUCCGAGACCUACAUGAGCAAGAUCAACAUCGCCAAAAGGAGAGCCAACCAGCAGGAGACAGAAAUGUUUUAUUUUACGAAAUUUAAAGAAUAUGUGAAUGGGAGUAACCUCAUCACUAAGCUACAGGCCAAGCACGACUUGCUCAAGCAGACCCUGGGUGAAGGAGAGAGAGCAGAAUGUGGCACAACCAGAGGAAGAAGAAAUGCUCGAACCAGGAACCAGGAUUCAGGACAAGCUAUACCGCUUGUAGUCGAGAGCUGCAUCCGGUACAUCAAUUUAUACGGACUCCAGCAGCAAGGGAUCUUCCGAGUACCAGGAUCUCAGGUCGAAGUCAAUGACAUAAAAAAUUCCUUUGAGAGAGGCGAAGACCCCCUUGUGGAUGAUCAAAAUGAACGAGAUAUCAAUUCAGUUGCUGGUGUUUUAAAACUGUAUUUCCGAGGACUGGAAAACCCACUCUUUCCUAAGGAAAGGUUUCAAGAUUUGAUAUCUACUAUUAAACUGGAGAACCCAGCUGAGAGGGUGCACCAGAUCCAGCAAAUCCUCAUCACCCUUCCCCGAGUGGUCAUCGUGGUCAUGAGAUACCUCUUUGCUUUCCUCAAUCACCUCUCGCAGUAUAGCGACGAGAACAUGAUGGAUCCCUACAACCUGGCCAUCUGCUUCGGGCCCACCCUCAUGCACAUCCCUGAUGGGCAGGACCCUGUGUCCUGCCAGGCACACGUCAAUGAAGUCAUCAAAACCAUCAUCAUCCAUCAUGAAGCCAUCUUCCCCAGCCCCCGGGAGCUAGAGGGACCUGUGUAUGAAAAAUGCAUGGCUGGAGGGGAAGAAUAUUGUGACAGUCCACACAGCGAGCCAGGGACUAUCGAUGAAGUUGACCACGACAAUGGCACGGAGCCGCACACCAGUGAUGAAGAAGUGGAGCAGAUCGAGGCCAUCGCCAAGUUUGACUAUGUGGGGCGGUCCCCGCGUGAGCUGUCCUUCAAGAAGGGGGCCUCGCUGCUACUGUACCACCGCGCCUCCGAGGAUUGGUGGGAGGGUCGUCACAAUGGCGUGGACGGACUCAUCCCACAUCAGUACAUAGUCGUACAGGACAUGGAUGAUGCCUUCUCCGACAGCCUGAGCCAGAAGGCUGACAGCGAGGCCAGCAGUGGGCCGCUGCUGGAUGACAAGGCCUCCUCCAAAAACGACCUCCAGUCGCCCACGGAGCACAUCUCGGAUUACGGCUUUGGGGGGGUGAUGGGCCGAGUGCGGUUACGAUCUGACGGAGCGGCCAUCCCCAGGCGCCGAAGCGGGGGCGACACCCACAGCCCACCCCGGGGCCUGGGCCCCAGCAUAGACACGCCACCCCGGGCUGCCGCCUGCCCCAGCAGCCCCCACAAAAUCCCCCUCACCCGGGGGAGGAUCGAGAGCCCUGAGAAGCGGAGGAUGGCGACAUUUGGGAGUGCCGGCAGCAUCAACUACCCUGACAAGAAGGCUCUCUCGGAAGGGCACUCGAUGAGGUCGACAUGCGGCUCCACCAGGCACAGCAGCCUGGGGGACCACAAGUCCCUGGAGGCUGAGGCCCUGGCAGAAGACAUCGAGAAGACCAUGAGCACGGCUCUGCAUGAGUUGCGGGAACUCGAGAGACAGAACACGGUCAAGCAGGCGCCAGAUGUGGUGCUGGACACCCUGGAGCCCCUGAAGAACCCGCCGGGCCCCAUCAGCUCCGAGCCCGCCAGCCCCCUGCACACCAUUGUCAUCCGCGACCCGGACGCCGCCAUGCGCCGCAGCAGCAGCUCGUCCACCGAGAUGAUGACCACCUUCAAGCCCGCCCUGUCGGCGCGUCUGGCCGGCGCCCAGCUGCGCCCGCCCCCCAUGCGGCCCGUGCGGCCGGUGGUCCAGCAUCGCUCCAGCAGCAGCAGCAGCUCGGGCGUGGGCAGCCCGGCCGUGACGCCCACCGAGAAGAUGUUCCCCAACAGCUCCGCGGACAAGUCGGGCACCAUGUGACCUACAGCACGGGGCGGCGCCGCCACGGCUGAGGGUGGCCUCUGUGACCUCCGCGGCCUUGCCACGGGCUCCUGGCCUUGUCGGGCAGGGACCAGAAGGUUGCCUGGAAGCGCGUCUGUGCAGAGCCGAGGCCCGGGCGCUGGCCGCAGCUGGUAUUCAGCCAUGUGAAUCCCACAGACCUCCCGUGUGCGAGCAGGCCCCCCGGGGGGUGGGGCAGGAGGCCCCACUAAAGCAUCUCCUAAGUUUGGGCCAAAAUGUUCGAUGGCUUCCCAGCGUAUGGUCACUGGAAAAUUAUUCUCUCGACAUUCUCUCUGCAUACAUAAAUAUGGGUGUAUAUAUGUGUGUGCAUAUAUACACACAUACAUGUAUGUGUCGGUGUGUGUAGAUAUAUAUAUUUAUGCAUCUGUAUACAUAUACUAGAUCUGGACACACGACUAAAUGUAUAUAGGAUCUCCGUUUUUCUUUUUAUGAAACUUAGAUUUACCUCAGACCCAUGCCACCAAACACCUCCUGCUGAGUUACUUGGUGGGACUUGCAGGGACCUUUCUGGGAGAAUUUAGAGGCCUCAGUGACUUCGAACGAAGCAAUACACCACUAACCUGCAGAAAAACACACAAAAAUAGUCUCCCACUGUCUCCAGAAGUCGUGGCCUUCCAGAAUAGUCUGCCCCUAAUGGAAGGGUGGGGCAGGCGGUACCCGCAAGCAGGUUGCUCCUAGAGGUGGGGAACCCUUCACAGAACACCCCCCCCCGUCCACCCCAGAGACCCUGCCUUUCCACCCGGAGGCCGAGGACCAACUGUAUCCCCGAAGGCACGGGAGGAUGUUGGCGAGAUGGCCCCUGACCACAGCAUCCUUGUGUUUGUACGUAGAAAAAGGGUAUAGUGAGAACCUAAGCCCCGUCGUAGCACAGUGUUCUGUGUGGUUGGGAAAAAGGAAAAACAAAAACAGUGGUGUGGAACACUUCAAAAUCUAGACAUGCUGUAGGAAUAAACCUGUGAUAACUAUAGAGGUUUAACUUAUACCAUUUUCAAAAUAUUUAAUUUUUUCUUUUCUUCUUUCUACUAAUUAUACUGUGUCAGAUCUGGAACUAAACAGGCAAGGAGGCUUUCAGUCAUAUCAUUUUAACUUAAAAUCAGUCCAUGACCCACUUUGGCUGGUGCCCUCCUGUAUGAGGCCCAGGAGCCUCUCAGCAGGGGCCAGAGGGGGGCCAUCCUUGGCACUUUCCGUCCCAGAAAACACUCCGGUUGAGUUUAUGCAGGUGAAAUGGCUUCCCUCUCUCCCUUCCCAACCCCUGCCCGCCACCCCCCACCACGCUCCUCCCACCACCUCCAGAGCAUUUAAUGUAAUUGCAAAUAUGGUGAUUGAACUGAGGUGAGUGACUUUUAGGAAUUAGGAGCUAGACUUCUGCCUCUCAGCUGGGAAAAGGCUUUUCUGGAUCACUCUUGUUCCAUUUUACUUCCUCUUUUGAUCUUUUCAUUUUUCAGAGAUAGGCUGUUUCUGGCUAAUGGAACACAGGCGGAUCAGAUCCUACGGGGACCACUUUUAUUCAUCCCCUCAUUCCAAGCCAAGGGUCUCCUUUUUCUUCUCAAGCUUUCUCUCUUUCUCCCGAGGCCUCUGAGUGUAUCUCCAUGGCUGUGGUUUGGAGUCAAAAGUCCUGUGUUUGCGUCCCAGCCCCAACCCCAUAGGAGCUGUGGGACUUUAGGCAUGUCACUCCACCUCAUUGAGCCCCAGUUUCCUACUCCAUAAAACGAAGGUAACAAAGGUAAAAUGUAAAUGAGCAAGUUCUGUAAGCUGGAAAGCACUGUCCCAACACGAUUGCUCUUUUUAUUAUCAUUAGUAAGGUAAGUCUUUUAGAUCAAAACCCAUCCAGGAUCUUCCUUUUGAAGUCUCCUAAUGGCAUUUGAGAACUGGGCAGUGGAAUUUUCCUAACAGUUUCUUAAGAGCCCUGAAGCACAGCCCUACAGAGAUACUACCUAUUGAUGCUUGAAAUUCUGUCAUUACCAUUUCACCCCACUGGAUUAAGUUUUGCCAUCUCUUCUGGUCCUCCAUAAAAAGGUAAAUACACCCCAGGGGGAGGGACCUAUUAAAUCACUAAUACCUGGGUGUGUAGGAGUGGUAAGCCGUUCUGUCUUGUUGGAGGGAUUGGCAGUUUGCGCACUCAGUGGAAAAGUCGAGAAAGGGCACAGAGAGUGCCAGAGAGAGGUCAAUGACAAACUUGACCUUCCUUGUUUAGCCUAAAACCAACCGUUCUGUUUGAGCCCCCGGAAAUGAAAGAGCCUCAGAACCAGUUAGGAGCCCCUCUGUCUUUGAGCAGAUGACGACAUCCCCAUUUUACAGCUUAGGAAAGAAAGCAAGGCCUUGGGAUGUGCUCUGACGUGCCCAAGAUUUAAUGGAUGGCCGAGAGCGAGGGCCGUGUCAGACACUUACCUGCAAGGACGCUAUGCCGUCCAGCCAGGACACAGGCUUCUCAUUUCUACCCCAGAGAUACCCCCAGACCUUAAAUGCAGUAGCCUCCUGUGCCAGAUGUCACAUUCUCUGCCAUGACUACCAGAUGAAAAGGAAAAUCUGAGUUGACAAAUCUGUUGCCUGAUACAUAGAACACCAGUCAGACCGUGUGGGUUUUUCCAUGAAUUCACUGCUUUUUUUCCUUACUGAAAAUGGAUCUGCCCUUCACCAAAUUACCUGAAGGCAGAGCCUUAGCUGUUUUUUUUUUUUUUUAAAGCACCUAUUUUUCCACUGGGAAACGGCUGAUGAGUUCACAUUUAGGGAAGAUCACACCCCACUCAUCCAGCCCCAGAUCUGACCCUUGACGCAGAACCAAAUGGAAAAAUCCUUUCCCGCGGCCCCCCCCCCCCCCACUCCCUCAUCUGGCCACUAUGCAUGUCUCCACCACCCUCCACGCAUACCCCGUCCCAUCCACGGUCACUGAGCAUUGGCAUUCUCUUCCUGACUCCUGCCUGUGAUAGUCCACUAUAUAUUUGCUGUAUUUGCUUAAAUGCUGGAAAGUGUUAAAAUGUGAAACUGUAAUUUUUAAAAAGGCUACGAUUAAAUUAUAGCCAAUGCCACUCACCAAAUCUUUGCACCUAGUAGAUAGAUCAAUGUAAAAAAACAAAUACCAGAAACCUAACUGUACAGUGAGUGUGGGGGAAAUGUAGUAAACCUAGUUUUAGUAGUCCUCAAUAUAACCAAUUGUACAAGGGGGAGUGGUGUUUACCUACUUGUUCAUCGCCAUUACUGAGAGCUAUACUGAUCAGUUCGUUGAUAACGGGCAUUUUAUUUUUUUUCUUCACAGAAUGAUUUCUUAAUCUUCGACUUACCCUGAGGUCAAGCCUUUUGUCUUUAUGUGUAACCGAUGUUUAGUCUAUUUUAGGAAUGAACCAGCAAGAUGUUCAUUUAAAACUGACCAAAGACAAUUCAUUCCUGGUCUAGUUUCCUGGGCCUUGGGGCCCAGCCGCCGCUAAAGACCUUUCUCCGAUAAAAUUGAGAACAAGCCGUGCUUCCUACCCGACUCUCCCUCUCUCCCUGUAUUCCCCUUUCCUCUUAAAGAGCUGCUCUGAGCUGUGGGAUUCUAUGAAAAAUUCUUGCCUUUCCUUGUUUUCAGUGCUAACGAUUUCUCACCUUGAAGCGCCUUUUGAACCCCGGACAGAGCGCACAACUGGAGGGAAUUGUAAGCUUGGGAAUUAGAGUUGGGAGUCUUUUCUCUGAGGUCACCAGGCCAAGAGGCAGGAGAGAAAUGGAUUCCCAAGGGAUGAAAAAGGUUUCUAUUCAACGAAGAAAUCCAAGUGGGAAGAGACGCAGGGAAACGGGGCCAGCGUUUGGCUCCCGGCUGGAAGUAGCAGCCUCAGAGAUCUGCCUUAUAAACACUUCAGAACUGGGUUGUGGUACACAAAGGGGCGCCAGUGAGGGGAAGGGCCUUUACGUGGGGCCGGCUUCUCUGCUGGAGUCCCUUGGAGUGCCUUGUUGGGUAUACUUUCUCAUUCAGGAGGCAUGAAUGCAGAGGACUUCUGGGGCCUGGUCGCUCCUUGGCACUCAGCACACGUCCGCGGCCGAUGGAAAACCACAAGGACUAACGUGAUGGUUCUUCCUCUCAGUCUUUCUAUUCCUAACUUUUCACACGUCCAGAUGGUUCCACACUUGAGCAAAUGCCUCAUUCUGCUGAGAAUCCCAGAAAGAAGAAUGGCUGGCUCCCAACCCUGGCAGGGGGCCCUGUGGGGCUCGGGAGGACGGGCGGGGAGGACAAGGCAGGAAGGGGUGAGCGAGGUGUUGCUUAGCUGAUUUUCUGCUAUGCAGAGCUAAUGCUGACGUUUCAUGUCAACUUCCCCGGUUCUCUGGGGCCUCCUCUCUUCAGAGCAGCCGUGGAGAGAAAUCCCCACAUACCCAAAGCCGCCCGGGGGGAGCCGAGAGAAGGGGCUUCACUGCCUUGCCGGACUCCUCCUGGCUUCUCUGAGGUCGGUCUGCCGAGCGUCCCGCUGUCCCAUCCUCUGGGACUGGCCGAAUGGCCACCGCUGCCCCUUGCCGACACCUCCUUCCUGUGUGAACUGUCCCAGGCAAAUAACAAAGCUGUUCCUUGAACCAGAGCAACCAGAGUGCACUUGGCCUUCCUUAGACGGAAGUCGAUUCUGGCUAGAGUUCCGGCUCAGACUCUAGUUCCGGGCAGUGUGACUGUUUACACGGUUUGGCAAUAGAUUUGGUUCUGAUUGCUUCAGAGUGGCUGGUCAAUUUAGUUUCCUUUGGUUUCCUUCCUCCCCAGACUGUGUCAGGAAAAAAACAAAAAACAAACAAACAAAAAAAAACCCCACGAAAACAACCCUAGGAAAUUGCUGGUUGCCUGUCCCCACGUGAUGAUAAGUGUCGCCCUCCUCCGGUAUCGUUUCUCUACCUUAACACCCAACGCCCGUCCUAUAGAGUGUCUGACUGGAUCCUCUGUUGCGUAUUCUGAUGGUGCCUGCUGGUUUGACGUGGAGCUAUCCUGUGAAAUAAAACAGCUUAACUUUUCUCAAA